AUGGCUCAAACAGAACGAAGCAGAUCAUAUCCGGUCUACCCUCAACGAGAACAGCUUAUUCCAAACAAGAAUCUACGCUCCCGGAAAGGUGAAUCAUCUCCAAAUGGACAUUGGUUGGCGCCGACAACACCAACACUGGUAAACUUGUACAACGAUGAGGAUGAUUUCAGUCACCACCAACAGCAGGCAAAGAAGUCGAUCAUGGUGAGGGUGAAGGAGAAGGCAAAGAAAUGGAGGCAGAUGCUUGUGAAGAAAAGACAUGGAGGCAAAGAAAAUAGUGUCACACCGCCCUGGGGAGUUAGCUUGGACGAGGCAGACGAGGAAGAUCCUAAUUACCAAGGAGCCCCAAAGUACGAACCAGAGAUGGCACUUGAUAGUUAUGAAGAUUCGGCUUCGGAUGAUCAGUCAACAACUCACUACCCCAGUCCCAGCGAAAAUUCAACAAUCACUCAGCUCAGCGCUUUUGAUAGAGAAAUAGAGAUGAAGCAAGCUAAUGAUGGGCAUAGGCAACCAGCAUCGGACCAUGGUGGUGACGUAAAGGUUAUACCUGCACCACCAGAAACAACGGUGAUAACUCCAACCAAUGAAAAGACAAUGGUGAAGGAUAAGUACUUACCUCAACCACCGGUCAGCAAUGGUGGUGACAAUGACAAGACCCUGAGCGAGACGGUAACGGAGACGCUUGCUCCGGUCUACACCAUGAUUUCAAAGGCAACCCAAGCACUAAGCUCCAAGAUCCAAGAAUCAGGGCCAAGGUAUGAGACUACUGCAAAGCAAGUAUGGGAUAAGGGAGUCUCAAUGAAAGAGUAUCUGAUGCAAAAGCUGGAGCCCAGGGAGGAAGACAAAGCACUCCGUGAUGUCAUCACCGAUGCAGUAACCCCAAGGAAUGUUAGGCAUAGCUUUGCUGAUGUUGGCAUUGCAUCAAACAGGAAGGAACCAGUUUCUUCUUUAAUGGCAAAGGAAGAGCCCAUACCACUUGCUGAUCCUCGCUCAGGUAGGAAAAUUGCACAAGUGCGUACAUUCACAACAUAUUAA